AUGCCGCAGCAAAACAUGAAUGUAGGUAAUGAAAAUUGCUUGCCGAUACGCUGUCAAGAUAAAAUUAGGAACAUUGUGAAAGUAACGACUGGGGCAGACAAGAUGAUGGUUGCACCAGGGUCCCUUGGUAGUUUCCUCAUAAUGAAGGAGCAACUAAGAACAAAUAUUCAACUAUCCAAGCAAAAUGGCCUUUUAAACCAGCCAGUGGACAACUCACAAAAGCCGCCAGCAAUCUAUUCAAGAGUGCGUGAAAAGGAAGAUGAUAAAGGUCGUAGGUUUGGUUUAGUUGAUGAAGAUGAGGACUUCCCAAGCUCGGGUGAUGAUUAUGUUGUUGAAGAACAAGUAGAUUCAACUCGACUUGCCAACAAUAUCAAUGAAAACACCCAAGCCUGGGCCAAUCUCGAGCUUGAUGCCGAGAACGAGCCCAAAAAAGCCCACGACAAGGUGAAGGAUUCUGAGGAGUAUCUGGACUCGAUGAUGGACAACGCCAAGGUCGAAUUCUGCCAGUUCGAGGAGGAGAUGGACCAAGCUGCGGAGGCAAUGCACGAUAACUUCGUCACCCGAAAAUUGGGGAAAAAUCUGGAAAAGGCCGCGACUUUUGCUUCUAAGAGGUAUAUUGAGGCGGCUGUUUAUUUUCCUACUGCUUCUAUGAGAUCUGCUGUCAGGGCAAUCUUGUCCAACUCUAACAAUGUUCAUUCUUCUUAG